AUGGAGGUCGACACUGCCACCGAAAUGGCCAACGCAGUAAUCGCGCCCCCACCUUUCGAGAAGCGACUUGGUUACGAUUGCCCUCGCGAACUGUGGACCACAGCAAUCAUGUGGAGGCCAUGUCAACUGACAGUUGGCAACAAGCUCUUCUCCGGCAAAUAUCACGUCGUACUCGAAUCUCAACAACCCCGAGUGGCCUUCGGACUCCACAACAGUGCACGAGGCCAAGUAAUAUUCACAGACAAGAAUUGUGCCAUCGAGACCGGUUUUGAGCAAGAUGAACCGAACUUUGUCGAUCAGCACCGUGGUCAGUUUGAUUUGAAGGGCGGCCCGCUCUCGUUCAUCAAGAUUCGGCCCUCCGCACAGCCAGCAAUCCUUUCCAAAGUGAUGGAUGAAGCCAGCGAGCAAGCUGAGCGCGACAAUUGUCAAGCCCUCAAUUCUGUUUGUUGGCAAGUCUCCGAGACGAUCAUCUGGAUACCCUAUGAGGCAGAAGAUUGUUCGAAACUGCCGAAGCGUCUUUGA